CGUACCGCGUACCAACAUGGCGAAGCAAAUGGUCUGGCAGCAAACUGACAAACUCUCUUUCCGGCUAACGCCACUGUAAAACAGACGUGUUGAAACACCAUGGCUGACGAAGCAUUCGAAAAUUUCGAUGAGGAAGCGGCGGUACCACAGGAUAUGGACGAUGCCACCGUCCAUGAUGACCAGGCAGCCCAGGUCUACGAAGAAGCUCCCGUAGUCCAGACUGCUGAGCUUCCCGAAAUCAAGCUGUUCGGCCGUUGGAGCAGUGAUGAUAUCGAUAUCUCCGACAUUUCCGUCUCGGAUUAUAUCGCCGUGAAGGAGAAGCACGCCAAAUAUCUUCCCCACUCGGCCGGUCGCUAUGCUGCCAAGCGUUUCCGCAAGGCCCAGUGCCCGAUCGUCGAGCGUCUGACCAACUCGCUAAUGAUGAAGGGUCGCAAUAACGGCAAGAAGCUGAAGGCUGUGCGCAUCGUGCGUCACGCCUUCGAGAUCAUGCAUCUGCUGACCGGUGAGAAUCCGCUGCAGAUCGUGGUUCAUGCCAUCAUCAACUCUGGCCCACGUGAAGACUCCACCCGUAUCGGGCGUGCUGGUACUGUCCGUCGUCAGGCCGUCGAUGUGUCUCCUCUGCGUCGUGUCAAUCAGGCUAUCUGGUUGCUGUGCACCGGUGCUCGUGAGGCUGCAUUCCGUAACAUCAAGACGAUUGCCGAAUGUUUAGCCGAUGAGCUAAUCAACGCCGCUAAGGGUUCGUCGAACUCGUACGCAAUUAAGAAGAAGGAUGAGCUGGAGCGUGUCGCCAAGUCUAACCGAUAAACAUUUUCCUUCACGUGUGUGCGUUUGUCGUUUGUUUGGAGGACGUGGUGGGUGUGGUAUUGCUUUUUAUUCCGUCAAAACAACUUGGCGGUAAAGAACCUGAUCGUUCCUCCCCAUAAUCGUCAUCCAACCUGGGGAUAACUGAGAUUUGGCUCAUCAUAACACCCAUGUUUGCAAUACCAUCGCAGGAGAACUGGGUUUUUUUUCUUGUACGUGUAUAUCGUGUGCUAUAGAUAGUAAUAGCACACGUAUCACCGUCAGAGAAUGAAGGAGAGGAAUAAAAACAAGAAAUCCAAAAAAACGUUGGCUCUCUCUGAA